AUGGUGGCAAUCAACAAGAAGGUGGUGGUGAUCCUGUUCGGAUUGGUGGUCGCGAUUGCUUGUUGCGCCGACGCACAGACCAUAUGCAACAUGACCUAUGUGGACUUGAUGGCCUGCAAGCCGGCCGCGAUGCCGCCGAACCCGCCUCUGCCCACGAACAUGUGCUGUGCAGGGGUCUCGCAUGCGGACUUGAAGUGCUUCUGCAAGUACAAGAAAUCGACCAUCUUGCCCUCGAUUGGGGUCGACCCGAAGCUCGCGAUGGAGCUCCCCGGCAAGUGCAACCUCCCGCAUCCGCCCACAUGCUGA